GCGCCCGUGCACGUCAUGUCGCGCCCGCCCGUGCCCCCGAGGCCGUCGCCCGCGUCCUCGACGCCCACGUCGCCCAGGUCGCCGGCGACCCCGCGGCUGUCGCGGGUGCCUCCCACCGCCGUCUCGCCGUACGCGUGUCCCCCGUCGCCGUCGUGGAGGCCCGCAAGGGCCGUUACGACCGCCAAAUCGCCCUACGACUGUCCGCCACCGCCCACCAGGAUGUCGCCGUACGCCUGCCCGCCGCCCCCCGUGGCCGCGGUGCCCACCCCAUGGUCGCCGCGGGGCUCGUCCAGGGCUUCGCGGUUCCUCUUCCCGCCGGCCGAGGCAUGCGCGAGCCCGCCGCUGCCGCCCGCCAAGACGCGCAGGGCGCCAGCCGUGGCCUCGGCGCCAUCGCCGUACGCGUGCCCGCCCCCUCCACGGCCGCGCUCCACCUGGAUGCCUGGCGCCCUCUCCGGCACUCGCGUCGCCGUCGAGCCCCCGAGAUCCCCAGCCACCUUGCCGUCGCCCCCGGAAGGCGACACAUCCGCCGACGAGGACGGCGAUGAAGACAUGGUGGUCCUCCGCGGCCUGCACGCCGUGACAUACGCCAUCCCGAGGCCCCCGGGGCCCUUCUCCACUCCGCCCGCACCGCGGCGCCGCCCCUGGCGCCCGCCGUCGUCCGGGCCGUGCUCGCCGCGGCUCUCCCACCGCCUGAGCGCCGCGCUGUCUUCCUUCGUGGACUCGGCCAUGACGUCGCCGUCGCUGGUGCGCAGCCAGCUGCAGCGCUCGCUGCCGCUGCUGCGCCGGGCGCGGCCUGCACCGCUGCCGCAGGUGUCUUCCCCCGUGGCGGGCACCUUCCGCGUCAACCCGCCGCGCGCCGUGCUCACGGAGCCGCCGCCCGUGUUCGAGCGCGCCGCGUCCCUGUCGUGCCUGCCGCUGCCCCCGCGGCCGCCUCCCCCGGACCGGCCGCCGCCCCCGCGCGCGCCCGACAAGGUGCUGCGAGCCGGCGGGUACGUCGGCGACGUCGGCGACGCCGUGCUAUGCGAGUGCCGGUGGCGCCUGGGCGCCGCGCUCGUCCGCCUCAAGCAGGUCCGCUCCGUGGACGUGAUGGUGUCCGACCGGCUGCGGGAGGAGCUGCGCGGCGUGUGCGUCGCCUGUCAGGUCCGACGCCGCCAGGAGCUGGACCUGGAGCAGAAGAUCGACGUGGAGAUCCGGAUGCGGGAGGGCACCACCCGCCUGCUGGCCGCGUGCCGCCACCAGACGCAGACCCUGGAGGCGGCCAAGUCGCUGCACACCUCCAACGAGCGCAUGUCGGCGUACAUGGCGGAGCUGCAGCGUCGCCGGCGGGCGCCCACCAGGACGCUGAGCCAGUCCACGCCCAGCACCGCCCGCGUGUCCGUGUCGGACCUGCGCAUGCCGCUCAUGUGGAGGGACUCGGACCACUUCAAGAACAAGGGCGACUACCGGCGCUUCGCCGUGUUCGUCCUGACCCGGGUGGGCACGCAGAUCUUGGACUCCACCCUGCUCUGCCCCGUGGACAGGUCGCUGACGGACCUCACCUACCCCGACGUGCACGUGUUCAAUAACGUCCCAACCGACUUCGAGCUGCGUGUGGAGAUCUGGGGUCACAUUCUGCAGGAUGAUAUGAGCAUGGCGUCAACUCCUCACAAAAUUAAGCGAUCCAUUCAUUCAUCCAUUAGUCGCACUGUGGGGAAAAAAUUAGCUGCAUCACUGAGAGAUGAACUAAAUACUGGAAGAAUAGGACCAAAAUUUGAGCUGAUGGCUACAGCUCACCUUACCUUAGAUGAUGUUGGCAAUAGUAUACACACUCAUGAUUUACAACUUGAGAAUGUUGAACCAAGAAAUCAUCAGUUACCUCUCUUUGGCCACUUUUGCUGUCGUCUUGCUGCACAGCCCGACUGUGUGUCAGGGGAGGCGUACAGUGGCAGUGCUGUGCUCCUAGAGCCUUCGGGUGUGUGGUCCCAGGUGCAUGGAGCCUUGCAAGCUUUCCACCUUGAGCUUUGGAGAUCGCAAGGCGACAAGGAGGCUGGAAAAAAACCUGUGAAGACUGUUACUGUAGAUAGAGAUACCUUAAUUCAACCUGGUAAAAGUGGAUCCCGAGAAAUAAUUGUCUCCAAUGUUGUUGAUGGUUGUGACACUGUUACCAUCAUGAAAGCUGGCUCUGCUGAUGAGCAACAUAAAUGGUUAAGAAACUUAACGCAGCAUAGUAAAGACCAUUUAAGAUGGAAGCAAGCAGCCCUAGAGAGAAUGGAAAUUCAAUCUCCAGGUUCAAACCGCAACUUUGUGAGGCAGCUGCGUCAAGGGUCACUUUAUGAUGAAACACCACUAAUUGAAUCUGUUCAAUCUGAAUUUGCUAAUCAUCGGCCAACUGUACAAGAAAUAUUUGGAUUAACACCAUCAACAAGUUUGAGUUCCUGUGCCUCAUCAUCAUCAUCCCCAACAUUCCGCGAGAGGUCACACUCAAAUAGUAAACCUCGUCCAAAUUCUGGAACUAUUAGAUCACAUUGGCCAUUCUCUAGGAACAAUCAUGAUUGAAGUCAGUAGUUAUAAAAAUUCAUCUUGUCUAUUUUCCGAAUGAGAACUAUGGGACCAAAUUUACCAAAUGAUCCUUUUGUGUUGUGACUAAGCAAGUGGCAAAUCCUGUAUCAAUGGUUACAGACUGUUGGUUUUUAUCAUAUUAUUUAUCUCAAACGCACCACUGUAAAAGCAUGUGUGUCUUUUGUACUGACCCGUUAUGUUUUCCUUUUUGUAUACAGCUUUUGAAUGUUACCUUUAUUUUUACAAAUUUAUUUUUGUUUUAAUUUUUUUUAUUAUAUGAGUUUUUGAAUGUGUUGUCUAGUUAUUUUUCAUACUGUUCUCCAAGCGAUAAGAAUGGUGUGGUGCAUAAAUACUCAACUCAUUCAUUAAAGAUCAUGUUUUAAUUUGUGUUACACAUAACAAAAUUGUAUGCCUUGGCCUACUUUGUCAUCAGAAAUGUUAGAUUGUUUAGUAAUAUGUUAAUGAACUUAAAAUAUCAUGAUUUUUAAAUAAGUUGAGGUUGUUUUUUUUUUUUUUUUUUUUUUUUGCAAAUGAUAACAUGUAAAUAGUUAUGCUGAAUCUUUAUUUAUAUUCUCAGUCUGUAAUGUGUUUUGAUUUGUUGCAUAGAAGUACAAAUAAUUUUGUCAGCUUAGACAAAAUGUCAGUCCUUAGAUCUGCGCAGCAUUGCCUGUGUCCGAUCAGCAUUUACUUUAUUUUCAGUAAAUGUCAUUAAAAUUAUCUUUUGUUACAGAAUUUUCGUGUAUGAAACGGCACGCACUUUUGUUUUUGUUCUUUUGUUUCCCUGAUUUAUACAAUUAUUUCUUGCUUAAUACUGUGCUGUGUUGUAAUAUCCAGAUAGCUUUACUUUACUUCAAUAUCAGUAGCUGAUAUUUGAAUGUAUAGAGCGUGCCAAAGUGGAUAUACAGCGUCUCACUGAAAGUAGUCAGCUGUGUUGCUGUUGUGUUCCUUAAAGGAAUCUUAUAGAUAAAUAUUUUCUAGGAUGUGAGCAUCUGCUUAACAUCGCCCGGUGAUAAAAGUCUGAUGUGAGCGUGAUUUGUGUAAGAAUGAGGUUGCCAAUAAAUAUUAAGUACUUUCAA